UUUUUGUUUUGCUAACGAUAGCGAAAGUAAUUAACAGCUGAGAGAUUUUUUUUCAAAUUAAGAAAACUAGCAGCAGCAGCAGCACAUAAAUUAUGUUUAUUUUUAGUCAUUGAUAGAUUUUAAUUAAACAAUAAAAAAAAUCAAUCCUACCAAUAACAAAAUCCACCAGUAUGAAUGAAAGCAAUGAAACUAUAAUGGAAGCGAAAUAUAUUUUCGACGAGGUACCACAAGUAUCAAAAAUAAUAACAGUGAGCUGUUGUCUGGCCAUGUCCGUGCUGUAUGUGUCCAGUUUGUAUAUAUGGAAUAAUAAACACAAUCGUGAUCACCCGGCUACUGUUAAAAGACGUUUUUUAAGUGUUACGGUGGUUAUGUUUAUAUCACCCAUAUUUGUUUAUAAGUUUUCCUCUGGUGAAUUGCUGGAGAAGGUGGCAUUUAAUGAUUUGCUGGGUCUAAGAUGGCCGGGUUUAAUUAUGGCCAUAGUUGUGCCCUAUCUAUUGACAAUGCUUUUAUUUUUGGGUCCUUUGUGUGUGGAAUUGCAAAAUGAUACUCUAAAAGUAUUUCUGGAUAUGGACUUUUGGAAAAGUAACUUUAAAAAUAUUCUAUGGAUCCGUAAUCAUGUUAUGGCUCCAUUAAGUGAGGAAUUUGUUUUUCGUGCCUGUAUGAUGCCUUUAAUACUACAAAGUUUUACUCCGGUAACAGCUGUGUUUAUAACACCACUGUUUUUUGGUGUGGCUCAUAUACACCACAUAGUUGAAAGACUAAGUAUGGGUAUGGAGUUUUCCACCGCUUUAAUUAUGUCCUUGUCCCAAUUAACAUACACUACCUUGUUUGGUUUCUAUUCUGCCUAUUUAUUUGCACGUACUGGUCAUUUUGUGGCUCCCUUUUUGGUACAUGCCUUCUGUAAUCACAUGGGUCUUCCCGAUUUACAAGAUCUUUGGCAGCAGCAUUUAUGGAAACGCAUAUUUUUGAUCAUUUGUUACUUUGUAGGUUUUAUAGCCUGGAUUAUAGUAUUGCCUUUGGCCACAGAACCUGAACUUUAUAGGAAUAAUAUCUUUUGGCCUUAAACAGUUACUAAAGACUCGCGGUUAUCUUGUAUUUAAAAGAUAAAUUAAGAAUCUUCCGAUUUUAUAAAUGUAAGCUUAAAACAAACGUAAACUACAGUCCACUGUCACUCUACACAAAACCUUAAUACUAUUUAAAUCAUGUUUUUAUGAAAGGAAAACAACCAUAA